AUGGGGAACUCUUGAAAUUGCUGGUCAAAGAAUGAUACAGAAAAAAGCUUAGAUAUUAAGCAAGAAAAUCUUACUAAUAAAAAAUCUCGAAAAAUGAAAGGAUGCACAAUUAAGGAAAAUAGGAAAUCAUCUAAACUGUGUAAACUAAAAGAGAAAAAGUUUGACAGAAAAAAUAAAAAGGGAAAGGUCAAGAAAUCGCCCACAAAUUAUAGAAAAGAGACUGAAAGUUUAGAGAGAGAAUGGUGUUCUGAAACUAGUGAUGAAGGAGUUGAAGGUGGGUGGCAAGAAGGCUCUAGAGAGGAAGGAGUAUCUCACUACGACACUCUAAUAUCAGCUAAUACAGAUAUUUCUAAUAUGAAAGACUUGUUCAUAAAAUAUCUUGAUAAAGAUGAAGAGAAAAGACUAAAGAGACAAAACUGUAAAAAUAUGGACAAUGAAAUUUUUGUCAUGGAUAAAUAAAUAUUGCCUAAAUUUAGAAGGAUACGGAACUUCUGAUGAUGAGGUUAGCAAAAGUAGUAAAGAGAGUGCUCAAGGGAUGACAAAGGCUCAGUUUGUUGAAGUCACAAAGACUAUGAUGAGCUCUAAAGAGAAAAAGGGGAAUUGGGCCAAGAUCUUCGCUGCUGUUAAUUCUAAGUUAAUUGCAAAAAAUAGAAUUAAAGAUAAAAGACAACUUAUGAAGGAGUACAACCUUUACAUUAGAUACAAUGUUAAUCAAAUCUUAAAAUAAACUUGAGAUCCCAAUUGAUGGGAGCACAAAAAUAUCAUCUUUACGAUCAAAACUAAAUACUAAAUUUAUCGAGACAAUAGAAGAGAUCCUUAAAGAAAAAGAAAGUUUCCCCAAAACUCUCCACAGCGACAUCGCAAAUGCUUGCAAGGACCCAACACUCAACCCAGACAUAUUCCUCACCUUCCUCUCCACAAAACAAAACCUCCAACCCUCCAAAACCCCUCUCUCCAAUCCCACCCACACCACCGAAGAUCCCUCCUUCAACUCCACCUCUCGCCUGCAAUCCUCCCUCCCACCCAACUGCCCUCCUGACUUUUUCCAAGUCCUUCACGAAUCCUCCAAAAACGCUUCAUUUUUCUCCUCUGGUUCAGACCCAUAUUACAAAUAA